CGUCUCGACCCUGUGAUUGAUGGUCGCUCCCAUCACAAAACCAAAACGAAGACAUCCCAACCGUAACUCUACAACAACAAAUAUUUAUUCCAAAAUGAAGACCGCUUGCACCAUUGUCCUUCUUGCCCAGGCCUUGAGCGCCACCACUGCUUUCGGUAGGUUUCGACGACUCUCUGCCGUGUCAUCGGUUCCGUUGCGCAAAAGGAUCUCUCUCACACGCGUCUCCAAUCUUUUGUAAUCUUAGCCCCCGCCUCCACCCAGCGAUCGGCCCGCCUUUCCCCCCUCUUUAUCGGUGAGGAUGGAAACGACUCCGGAAUCGAGCGUGGUGUCUCGGUCGACCAGGACGGAAAGUCCAACGUCUGGGCCAUCGAACCCAAGAUGGAGGUCGAAUCGACCAGCGCCGAGGAAAAGACGAAGUCUGCCCUCAUCGCUGGUGCCGGCCUCAUUGCCUUUGCCGGAGCCGCUGGUGUCGCACUCACCAACCUUCCCGACCCCAACCAGUUCUAAGUGGAUUGGAGGCGAACAGCGGCACGACUAAGCAAAGAAUUGUGUUGUGCCGCGGCAACCAGAGCGACGAAGCUAACCAAAACUACAUACAU